CUAUUAUCCAUAUGUGAAAUCAUUCGAGAACAAUGAUGUCAUCGAUAUAGCGGUUAAUCAAGCAGAUUCGUGGUUGGCCAUGUUUGAAGGUAUCAAUACCAUCAAGGGUAAAUUGAAGGUGACCGGUGGUGGUACUGGUACAUUAACCCACAAUGCUGGAGCUUAUCUCUUUGAUUCCUGCACCUAUGAAUUAUGUAAUAAAGAAUUGGACACUGUCAGAUAUCCUGGAAUAACGAGUACUGUGCGAGGAUACUUGUGUUAUACACCUGAAAACUCACGUCAUCUAGCCAUAGCAGGCUGGAACUAUCCCAAUGCUCUGAUCCUCAACACCGAUGGUACGUUGAGCAUGAACAUUCCACUGAAACAUUUGUUUUCCAUUUUCAAUGAUCAUCAAGUGGCAACGUGGGGCAAGCAGUCAAUCCGUUUAGUGAGAGCUCGCAAUGAUGCCAACAGUAUGAAGGUUGUCGAGAGAGCGAAUACUGCUUUGCCAGGAUCUCCUCAGACUCAGAGUAUUGCUAAAAUAACGAUAGAAAGCAUCAAUUUGAAAGUGCCACAUCUCACACCCAACGAUGACAUGAAGUUGCAGUUGUUGACACGUAUCAAAGCAGAUGAGCCUAUGAUGAUACCGUUCCGUCGAUGGGAAUUGCACGAGCUACCAGCACUCACACAAGGAUCCACCAUAGAAAUCUGGUCCGUAAAGACAUGUUCUGCAUUGGACAGUCCAAGAUAUGUUAUAGUAUUUUUCCAAAAGAAAAAAGCCGAUAAUUUGCAUGAAGACGUCACCUUGUUCGAUAAUGCCAACAUCAAAUCCAUACGAUUGGCUCUGAAUAGCGACUAUUAUCCGCAAGAAAGAAUGCUAUUGGACUUUUCCAAAGACCAAUAUGCCGACGCCCACUUCAACAAUACAGAGUUCAACAAGAGCUACCAUAACUGUCAAGAAAAGCGCUCUCUAGUAAACUUUGCCGAAUUCAAAUCCCGACCAAUUUUUGUUAUCGAUUUCUCGAGGCGCCAUCUAGGAUCUCCUCAGACUCAGAGUAUUGCUAAAAUAACGAUAGAAAGCAUCAAUUUGAAAGUGCCACAUCUCACACCCAACGAUGACAUGAAGUUGCAGUUGUUGACACGUAUCAAAGCAGAUGAGCCUAUGAUGAUACCGUUCCGUCGAUGGGAAUUGCACGAGCUACCAGCACUCACACAAGGAUCCACCAUAGAAAUCUGGUCCGUAAAGACAUGUUCUGCAUUGGACAGUCCAAGAUAUGUUAUAGUAUUUUUCCAAAAGAAAAAAGCCGAUAAUUUGCAUGAAGACGUCACCUUGUUCGAUAAUGCCAACAUCAAAUCCAUACGAUUGGCUCUGAAUAGCGACUAUUAUCCGCAAGAAAGAAUGCUAUUGGACUUUUCCAAAGACCAAUAUGCCGACGCCCACUUCAACAAUACAGAGUUCAACAAGAGCUACCAUAACUGUCAAGAAAAGCGCUCUCUAGUAAACUUUGCCGAAUUCAAAUCCCGACCAAUUUUUGUUAUCGAUUUCUCGAGGCGCCAUCUAGCUUGCACCCAGUAUACUUGA